AUGGGCUUACGAAUGUUUAAAAAAAAAUGUUUGGGCACCUAGCAUGAUUGGAUACACAUCACAAGUGUAAAUUUGCUAGAAACAAAGAAAAUGUGAAUGGAAAUAUUGACUUAUUAUAUAUUUUGGAUGUCAUUAUAUUAUUAUUUUAUUUUAUGAGGAAAAAAACCACAAUGCGAUGGCUAGAAAAAUUCACAUCUAACCCAUAAUAUUAACAGGAAUCUUGACACAUUUUGGUCAGUCCUGAACCACGUGACUUGAUAAUGAUGUGGGCCAGAUCUAAAUGAUGUUAUAUAAAGUAUCCUAUCAAGAAGAUACUGGCGGUCGCUCUCCAACCUGGUCGCUUCCCUCCUCAACUCCAUCCAAUCGAUCGCCUCUUUGCUGCUCCUGCUCUUCCUCUUUAUCAUUAUCUUUGCUCUCCUGGGCAUGCAAGUCUUCGGUGGCCGCUUUAACUUUAAUCCGACUGAAGAUAAACCACGGCAUAAUUUUGACAACUUCGUUCAGGCCAUGUUGACAGUGUUCCAGAUCCUGACUGGUGAGGACUGGAAUGUUGUGAUGUAUGAUGGAAUCCGUGCCUAUGGUGGAGUAGCAACUCCAGGCAUUAUUGCCUGUGUCUACUUCAUCAUUCUUUUCAUCUGUGGCAACUACAUCUUGCUCAACGUCUUCUUGGCCAUUGCUGUCGAUAACUUGGCUGAUGCAGAUGCACUGGGGGAUGCUGAAGAGGAGGAAGGCAAAGAAGGUGAAGAGGGUGGAGAGGGAGAUGAAGGAGAGAGAGAAAGAAUUAAAAUGGAAGGAGAAGAUGGCAUGGAAGCUGAGGAGAAGACUGCACUCAAUCAUAUAGCUUUAAGAGAUGGGGAUGCUGCAAGCCAUGCCAAAGUUCACCUAGAAAUGGAUGAGGAUGAUGAUGGAGAGAAAUAUGAUGAUUAUGAGGGUGAUGACCUCGGUGAAGAAGAAGAGGAUGAUGGCGAUGGAGAGGAACGCCCACAAGGAAUGCGGCCACGUCGUGCCUCGCAACUUAGUACUGCCAACAAAGUCAAGCCUUUGCCCCCGUACUCCAGCUUUUUUAUUUUCUCCCACACAAACAGGUUCCGUGUGUUCUGCCAUGCAAUCUGCAACCACAGUCUCUUCAGUAAUGUCAUUCUUGUCUGCAUUCUCAUCUCAUCUGGCAUGUUGGCUGCUGAGGACCCUCUUCGCUCUGACUCUCAACGUAAUACCAUCUUGAACUACUUCGACAUCUUCUUCACAUCAGUGUUCACGGUUGAAAUCUUCUUGAAAGUUGUGUCCUAUGGCUUCAUCUUGCACAAAGGAGCCUUUCUUCGUUCUGCAUUCAAUGGCUUGGAUCUCUUGGUUGUGGCUGUCUCUCUCAUCUCAUUUUCUUUCAACCGCGACCUCACCACCAGGGACGGAGCUAUUUCGGUGGUGAAGAUCCUCCGUGUUCUCCGUGUUCUCAGGCCACUCCGUGCCAUCAAUAGGGCCAAAGGACUUAAGCACGUAGUUCAGUGCGUCAUAGUGGCUAUUAAGACCAUUGGCAACAUCAUGCUGGUUACCUGCCUUCUCGAGUUUAUGUUUGCAGUAAUCGGAGUUCAGUUGUUCAAGGGCAAGUUCUUCCGCUGUAACGACAGGUCCAAAAUCUUGGAGUCUGAUUGUAGGGGUCAGUUUAUCGUCUACCAUGAUGGAGACAUUACUAAGCCAAUGGUGGAGAAGAGAGUCUGGGAGAAAAAUGCCUUCCACUUUGACAAUGUAGCAAAAGCUAUGUUGACACUCUUCACUGUGUCCACCUUUGAGGGCUGGCCUGGGUUGUUAUACGUGUCCAUCGACUCCAACUCCGAAGAUGUUGGUCCACUUCACAACUACCGCCCAAUGGUAGCUGUCUACUACAUCAUAUAUAUCAUCAUCAUUGCCUUCUUCAUGGUUAACAUCUUCGUUGGUUUUGUUAUCGUCACAUUCCAGAGCGAAGGUGAACAAGAGUACAAGAACUGUUGCCUCGAUAAAAAUCAGAGAAACUGCAUAGAAUUUGCUCUCAAAGCCAAACCAGUUAGACGGUAUAUCCCCAAGAACCGGUUCCAAUAUAAAAUUUGGUGGUUUGUUACCUCACAGCCAUUUGAAUAUGCUAUCUUCGUCCUCAUCAUGCUCAACACUGUCUCUUUGGCAAUGAAAUUUCGAGGGGAACCAGAAAUUUACACUCAUGCCCUUGACAUUCUCAACCUCAUCUUCACUGCUGUCUUUGCUCUUGAAUUUGUUCUCAAGAUAAUGGCCUUCAGGUUCAAGUAUUACUUUGGUGAUGCCUGGAACGUGUUUGAUUUCGUCAUUGUCCUUGGCAGUUUCAUUGAUAUCGUCUAUUCAGAAGUCAAUAAACUAGUGAGCAAUCAGGCGCAGGCGGCUGCAGAGAAUUUGGGCGCCGAGUACUACAGGACCAGAAAGCAAGAGAACCCACCGGAUUGGCCGGGAUCUAACCUCUUCUCAAUCAACUUCUUCCGUUUGUUCCGUGUCAUGCGUUUGGUGAAGCUCCUCUCCAAGGGUGAAGGUAUUCGUACACUACUCUGGACGUUUAUCAAGAGUUUCCAGGCCCUGCCUUAUGUUGCUCUUCUCAUCCUCCUCCUCUUCUUCAUCUAUGGAGUCGUCGGCAUGCAGGUAUUCGGAAAGAUUGCAUUAGACUACGAAACGCAGAUCCAUCGUCAUAACAAUUUUCAGACAUUCUUUCAAGCAGUAAUGGUACUCUUCAGAUCAGCAACAGGUGAGGCAUGGCAAGAAAUCAUGUUGUCAUGUUUACCGCCGGAUGCUAAAUGUGACCCACUGUCUGAAGACUUCCCAAAUGCUCGCACCUGUGGCUCAAUGGUAGCAUAUCCUUACUUCAUAUCUUUCUACACCCUCUGUUCAUUCUUGAUCAUCAACCUGUUCGUUGCUGUCAUCAUGGACAACUUCGACUAUCUUACACGUGAUUGGUCUAUCCUUGGCCCACAUCAUCUAGAUGAAUUCAUCACAUUAUGGUCAGAGUAUGACCCUGAUGCAAAGGGCAGAAUUAAGCACCUGGAUGUGGUAACUCUUCUCAGGAAAAUAUCUCCUCCUUUAGGAUUUGGAAAACUAUGUCCAUAUCGUGUAGCAUGUAAACGUUUAGUGGCCAUGAACAUGCCUCUAAAUACAGAUGGAACAGUGAUGUUCAAUGCAACACUUUUUGCCUUAGUUAGAACAUCUCUAAGAAUUAAAACAGAGGGCAACAUUGAUGAUGCCAAUGAAGAGUUGAGAGCUGUCAUUAAGAAGAUCUGGAAGCGUACAAAUCCUAAACUUCUGGAUCAAGUAGUGCCACCAGUUGGAGGUAUGAUUACUCUCAUCAUCAGUUGGAAGUACGAUUAAUCUCUCUAUGGUGGA